GACCGCACCAGUCCCGGCCCCAGCAGGACGCCAGCAGCAGCUUCACAACGAAGACCAAGCAACAAAUACCUCCCCUGGCUGGACCACGGUGCCAUGGGCUUUGGGCCAGAGCUGUGGUGCCCGCAGGGGCACAGUGCACUGCUGCAGCUGCAGGACGGGGAGCUGCAGCUCCUGGAGCUGAUGAAGAAGUGGAUGUCACAGCGGGCCAAGAGUGACCGGGAGUAUGCAGGGAUGCUGCACCACAUGUUCUCCCAGCUGGAAAAGCAGGAGAGCGCUUGGCAGCUCCAUGGUGACCGAGGUGGUCAGGUUGAGAAGUCCUGGUGGGUGCUGGUGAGCCGGACAGAGACGCUGAGCCAGAUCCUGCGGCGGCACGCGGAGGAACUGGCCGCAGGGCCACUGGCCAAGCUGAGCCUGCUCAUCCGCGACAAGCAGCAGCUGCGCAAGGCCUUCAGCGAGCAGUGGCAGCAGCUCAGCCAGGAGUACAGCCGGACGACGCAGCAGGAGAUGGAGAAGCUGAAGGCACAGUACCGCAGCCUGGCACGCGACAGCGCCCAGGCCAAACGCAAGUACCAGGAGGCCAGCAAAGACAAGGAGCGGGACAAGGCGAAGGAGAAGUACGUGCGCAGCCUCUGGAAGCUCUAUGCCCUGCACAACCAGUACGUGCUGGCUGUGCAGGCAGCUGCAUUGCACCACCAGCACCACUACCAGCGGGUGCUGCCCAGCCUGCAUCAGUCCCUCUACAGUCUGCAGCAGGAGAUGGUCCUUGUCCUAAAGGAGAUCCUCAGGGAGUACUGCAGCAUCAGCAGCCUGGUACAGGAGGAUAUGUUGGCCAUGCACCAGGAGAUUGCCAGUGCCAUCCAGGCCAUCGACCCUGCCACUGAGUACAGCAGCUUCGUCCAGAGCCACCAGUACGAAUCUGAGGUGCCACCAACUGUGUCCUUUGAUGAGAGCCUGCUGGAGGACACAGAAAACCUGGUGCCAGGGGAGCUGCAGCUGAAUGAGCUGACCCUUGAAAGUGUCCAACACUGCCUGACAUCGGUUGAGGAGGAGUUGGUGGCCGCCACAGAGGCUGUGAGUAUCAAGGAGCAGCAGACGCGGGAGCUGAAGGCAGAGAUCCAUGAUGAGGAGCAGGGCCGGAGCCCCGCGGAGCGGGUGCACUUGUUGGGCAGGCGGCAGGGGCUGCACGCGGCGCGGCAGCAGCUCGAGGGCUGCCUCUGUGCCCAGGCCAAGCUGCAGGUGCAGCGGGACCUGCUGGCCAGGAAGCUGGCAGAGCUGGGCACCAGGGACCCCCUGCCCGCCCUGCCUCUGCCGGAGGAUCGGCAGUCCAUCUCCUCCACGGAGCAGGAGCGGAGCGGGCCCAGCGCACUGGAGACCCUCAAGAACCACAUCACGGGCAUCUUCAGCCCAAAGUACUCGCUGCCACCCCCCGUGCCCCUAAUCCCAGACGUGCAGAAGCCGCUGUGCCAGCAGGCCUGGUACCACGGGGCCAUCCCACGUUCGGAGGUACAGGAGCUGCUGACCUGCAAUGGGGACUUCCUGGUGCGGGAGAGCCAGGGCAAGCAGGAGUACGUGCUCAGCGUGCUGUGGGACGGGCAGCCCCGGCACUUCAUCAUCCAGACUGUCAAUGACAUGUUUCGUCUGGAGGGUGACAGCUUCCCCACCAUCCCACUGCUCAUCCAGCACCUCCUGCAGAGCCAGCAGCCCAUCACCCGCAAGACUGGCAUUGUCUUGGCCAGGGCUGUGCCCAAGGACAAAUGGGUGCUCAACCACGAGGAUGUGCUGCUGGGGGAACGCAUUGGUCGGGGUAACUUUGGGGAGGUCUUCAGUGGACGCCUCCGUGCUGACAACACCCCCGUUGCUGUGAAAUCCUGCCGGGAAACUCUUCCACCUGAGCUCAAGGCCAAGUUCCUGCAGGAAGCCAGGAUUCUCAAGCAGUACAGGCACCCCAACAUCGUGCGGCUCAUUGGCGUCUGCACGCAGAAACAGCCCAUUUACAUCGUCAUGGAGCUGGUGCAGGGGGGGGACUUCCUGACCUUCCUGCGCAGUGAAGGUCCCCACCUCCGGGUGAAGGAGCUGGUCAAGAUGACAGAGAAUGCUGCUGCUGGCAUGGAGUACCUGGAGAGCAAGCACUGCAUCCACAGGGACCUGGCUGCUCGCAACUGCCUGGUGACGGAGAGGAACACCCUGAAGAUCAGUGAUUUUGGAAUGUCACGGGAGGAGGAGGAUGGCAUCUAUGCCUCCACAGGGGGGAUGAAGCAAAUCCCUGUCAAGUGGACAGCCCCUGAAGCACUCAAUUAUGGCCGAUACAGCUCAGAGAGUGAUGUCUGGAGCUUUGGGAUCCUGCUGUGGGAAGCCUUCAGCUUGGGUGCUGUCCCCUACGCCAACCUCAGCAACCAGCAGACGCGGGAGGCAGUGGAGCAUGGUGUGCGGCUGGACCCUCCCGAGCAGUGCCCUGAGGAGGUGUACCAGCUGAUGCAGCGCUGCUGGGAGUACGACCCCCGCAAGCGGCCCAGCUUCAGCACCAUCCACCAGGAUCUCAUUGCCAUCCGCAAGAGGCACCGGUGACAGGGAGCACCAGGGGCCCUGGACCCAUCCCACGGCAGUGCUUGGGGACACAGCGGAGCCCUGUCUGGGCAGCGGGUACUGUGGGGUGGCUGUGUGGUGCUUGUGCCCCAGGGCAGGGGCUCCUGCAUGCCCCAGGGUGGGACAUGGCACCCACAGCUCCUGCCCAGUUUAAUCUUGUACAAUAAACACACGAGCUCUGCAGCUGUGCAUCUA